GCCAUCUUGAUUCCGCCUCUGAUUUUUCUUUUUUCGGACUUGGUUACUGAAACACUGGUAACUCGUGUGUGUGAUGUCAUUUUCAGCUCCGACAUCUGACUUCCAAGAUAACUCGAAUGCAGCAUUAGCAUGACUUUCUUCUAUUAACACUUUAUUACAGCUGUAUUUUCACAAUAUUGUAAAUUUAUUCUCACACUUUUUGGCUUUUAUGUUUUAUCUUUGAUCUUGCGGUAUAACUUUAUUACAACUCUAUUCUCCUAAUAUUAUGACUUCAUUUUUGUACCAUAAAAUCUUUAAUGUCUUACAACUUUAUUCCAGUACCAUAAUUAAUGUAUUAUCAUUUUUAUUAUCAUUAGUCAGUUUUUCCCCUACAUUUCGCCACUGCUAAAUUAUAUGCACCCCUACUGAAAUUUCACAUGAUAAUUAAUUUCGAUGUGCCACUAAUAAUUUCUAUUUGCACUGUUUGAGCACAACAACACACAUUAUUUUCAAUUUGUUUUUAGUCAUCGACGAGCGCAUCAAAUCCUUUUUCAGACCCUCUUCCAUCAACGUGAAGGGUAAUGUUCAAGCUUAUAAAUGGUCUAUAUAGCAAGAAAAAAUAAUAGCAUUAGUAACCUUAAUAUCAAUGCGCCACAAAUGAUUUCUACUUGCACUGUUUAAGCACAACAACACACAACGUUAUUUUUUACUUCUUUUGAGUCAUCAACAAGCGCGCCAAUCCUCUUUUGGACCCUCUUUCAUAAAUGUGAAGGGUAACGUUCAAGCCUAUACAUGGUCUAUUUCAGCAGCGCCACUGCUAAAAAAAGAUUCUAGGCAAACACUGUUAGUGUAAAAAAAAAGAUUUUAUUCUAGCAAAAUUGUGGUUCUAUUCUUACAAGGAAAAUAGCAGUUCAGUCAUGCCCCUGCUAAAUUUACCCAGAAGAGAUUGUUUUGAAGAAUUACUUUACUUUGAAAAUCUUAACCGGGUGUUUUCAUAUUACUCGUGGAUUCGAUAUGCUAAUCUAUAUUUGGACAUUCAAAAGUUAACAAGACAUAAUGAGGUACACCGAAUACUGAAUUAUUUUGUUAAUUUGUUAAACUUACCUUGUAUCAUAGUCGUCCGAAGGCUUUUAAUUUGAAAGCUCAUGCGGAAGUCAAUACUGCCACUCCAGACUUGACGCACUUUGGAAGUUAGCUAUGGGUACGUGGUAGGCACACAGCGAUUGUUUUCUUACGUAAAUGAGAGUUCAACUUUGCUUAAAUAACAGUUUCAGUCCCUCCGGCCACUCAGGAUGGUUCCUCGCAGGCAGGACUCCGGGGUCAAAAGGCCCGGAGCAGGACGCAGCGGCUCGGUUAUCAACUUCAGGACGACCGUGAGCUCGAGCUCGGUCCGCCGCAGCUCCGCCGUGUUACCGUCUCUGCUGACGUUCCUGGUGAUCGUCGCGUCCGGAGGCCUGUUGCUCAUGAUAGAGAAAGGAAUGCUGAGCGGUGUGGAGACACCUCCUCCGAGGGGAAGCGGUCGGAGGAUGGACCUCACCAGGCAGGACGCGAAGCACAGCCCGGCCGCUGUGGACGUGGACUCCCAGGUACGGUACUGCCAGGCAGGGACUAUGGAGUUCUGCAGGGUAGUUUUACCAAGUGAACAGGUCCAGGGCAGAAUUAGGUCGGGAUUUGUGUCGUGACCUGUUUUUUGCUCCAAAGUAUCUCCAAACCUAUGUGGUAAACGGUAAGAUUAAAGGCUGAUUGUAGGGGAUCAUUAAAAGGGUCAACAACUAAACCAGAACUUACUUCCUGACAAGUUCCGGUCAUUUAUUACGUCUCCUCUGCAAGGCUUUGAAACUGCAACAAAAAGCAUCUAGACUGAGGCAGUCCAUAACAACUUUUUAUGUACUGAAUGAUACGACUUAAUGGUCAGCCAAAGUCUUAAAGUUAGCCUGGCAUCACAUAAAAAGCUCCAUUUACAAUGUACAGUAUAAGAUAACAUGCAAACCCAGUCCCCAAAAUCUUUGCAGUCUGUGUGAAAUAUCAAGAAGGACGGAUUUAUAGUUUGUAGGGCUGGGAUGAUAUGAUUCUUCUAUAAUCUUUUUGGAUGCCCAUUCGAUUUAAAUUGUGAUUCUAUGAUAUUGUCGAUUUUCUUGAUGUUGAGUAUGCAUUUGUAACACCAAUGAAGCAGUUGAAUGAUUAUGACUGUCUACUGACUAUUCCAGAAACCACAUUUCCCCAAAAAUGAAACAUCAAAUGUAAGUCAUAAUUUAAGAUUUAAGGUCCUUACACAUGGGGAAUGAUGCAAAUACACAACGCGAAAUUACGAAAUAUGUGGAGGCGAAUUCUGAUGCGCCUGACUACACACAUCAAGCGCAAUGCGAUUUUGUGACUUUCGGGGGGGAAAAAGAGGCAUCCUGGGUGGAAGAGAGAAGACUGACACAACACCAGACUGACGGUUUUUCAAUUCUGAUGAUACACUAGCGUUAAGAUGGCUGUCUGUCAUAAUAGCAUGUAUUGAGUCGGGGCCAGUACCAGAUAAGCACAUUAAACUAUAAUCCAUAAAUGUAAGGUAACAACCGAGACCUAAUGGUGCUGUAACAGCAACGCGAUUGAGUUUGAGACUGUGAAAAUACAUAUGGUAUGUUGUAUCUUAACAGGUUAGCUUACGAGCUGAAUCUGACGUCGCAACAACACGCAAUCUGAUUGGUCAGAAGUGGACACACAGUACGCAAAACUUCAGAAAAUUUGAGUGUGAUACAAAAAAAAAAAAGGCGCAAUAUUGCAGGAGGGGAAAAUGUCGCUGAUGUGAACGCUUGUAUUGACAGGAUACAGGUUCGAAAAAAAAUAUUAGCGUCCAAAAUAAUCGCACGGUGUGUGAGGACUUUUAUUCUUACAUUAGAAAAAGAGAAUCGAUUUUUGAACAAAAAAAUCAAUUUAAAAAUUGUAAAACAAAAAAUUGUGAUACUUAUGUGAAUCAAUUUUGUCUCCCACCCCUAAUAGUUUGUAAGUAAUUUCCAUGCUUCAUCUGAAAAAAGUGCAAAGGCAACAUAUUAAAUGCUCAAAACGACUAACAGUUUUAGAUUUGAUCCGGCAGCUUGGUUUAAAAAAGUCUAGACAAGGACCAAAUGUUGUGUAAUGAUUGGAGGACCAUCUCCCUCAAGUAAGUAGUGGAGGAUACAACAGGUUAAUAACAUGACAGGAUUUAAAAAGGACACUCAGGUUCACCACUCUGUGAGAGACUGAGUGAGCUAAUAGUUGAACAGUUUUGGAAUAAUGUUGCUGUGUGUAAAAUGACCAAGAAUGAGAGGAAUUUUAGAAAUUCAGAGAAUCAGGACAAAUUGCUGUUCAAAGGGGGCAAGGUUCAUAACUGAGUGCUGUGAUUUCUGGGCCCUCAGGUGGCAGUGCAUCAAAAACCAGAGAUGGAGUGGAAGUCACUGCAUGAGCUCAAAAUGACUUGCAAUAACCACUGUUAGUGAGCACAGUUCAUCACUGCAUCCACAAAUUAAGGUUAAAACUGAACCAUGCAAAGAUUAAUCCAGAUAUAAACAUGAUCCAGAAACACCAGAGACUUCUCUGGUUCUGAGCCUGUUUGAAAUGGACGUUCUUUUUGGAAAUCAUGGCCACCACAUCCUCAGCUCUAUAGAGGAAUAGUAAAAUAUAAUUAGGAAUAGCAAUCUAUGCUGCUAUCCAGAUAAAGACAAACCACAUUCUGUAGGGAUUACAACAGCAUGGCUCUGUAGUAGAGGAGUCCUGCUGAUAAACCGGCCUGCCUGCAGUCCUAACUUGUCACCCAUUGAAAACAUUUGGAGACCCUGAAGUGUUGAGCAGCUGAAAUCCUCUAUCAGACAAGACUGGGACAACAUUUCACUUUCUAAGCUCCAGAAACUGGUCUGCUGGGUUCACUAACGUUUACAAAGUAUUGAUCAAAGAAGAGCUGUAGCGUCACACAGUGAACAUGUCACUGCAACAACUUAUAAGAAACAUGUUGCUGGCGUAGAUUUAACAUGAGUAAAUAUUUUUAUUGCUCCUAAAAUUUUUCAGCAUUUAUACACUAUCUUUGCACUAUUUUUUAGGGUUUGAAUCAUUUGUGAACUAUCAAAGUCAGUUAUUGCCUGCAGUUUACAAACUUCUGGUAUCAGGGUUAUGAAAACAAAGCGCAGAGACUAUCUAAUUAAAAUGUCAUAUUGAACAACAGGGGACAAAAGAGUCAGAACAAGUGUUUAAGAACACAAAACAUUUGAGACAUGUCAAAAUAAAGGAGUGAAAUUACAUGGGGAAAAGAAAGGAGCAAAUCAAAGGGAGUUUGACAGCUAGUUGGGGACAGUCAGUGUCCACAAAUGUCUUCUACUCAGGUUUAAAAAUAUUUAGAGUUUGCAUGUCUCAUAACCCUGUGUUUAGAAGCCCCACUGCUGAGGAUCUCAGAGGCCGUGAAGGAUUAUGGAACAAAAGAACAAGAAUUAGUAAUGUAGGCCGGUCUCAAACCACUAAGAAGCUUGUAAACAAGAAAAUCAAUCCUGAAAGAGAUGGAGGGAGAGUGCAGGUUUGCUUAUACAGAGCUGAUGUGCUCUCCUUUUUGCUUCUGGUCUAAAAUCAACAUUAGAUUUCUGAAUUACUUACCAGUCUAAGAGCAAUUUGAUGGACUUUGAAAAGUGUACUCAGAGGGGCAGCAAGGGUGAUGGUCACCCCCCUGGUGACCAUAUGUCUGAAAAAAUGUUACAAACGUGCUCUUUUCAGUCACUUCAUAAUUGAUAAAGAAUUGUAAAAAGGCACACCUCUGGUGCCCUUGCAAUGAAAAUCACAUGAGAGAGAUCAAUGAGAUGCCCUUCCAGUGAAUAUAAUGUCAACAAAGUGCCUUCAGGUUGUUGUUCGCAUUUUAUAGUAUACAUUAGGUUCUCUUUUUAUUCUUUUAGUCCCUGCCACUCAAACAUCCUGAAUACACCACUGCUUGUUAUACACUUAUAGAUAAGUACCGAUAUUUGAAUCUAGAAGUAUGGCACUCUGAACAGAUUUCUCUGACAAUUUGUCUCACUAUUUUAUAACCUCUUGUGGUGGCGUUUAUGACAUUGCCAGUGCUCUUAACAGUGAAGAGGCCAUGAAUGCUUGAUCAAUGGCAGAGGAAACUGACAGCUGCAUAAUACAGAAAACAAGAGCAGGGUGUGGGGCAGCGGUGAGUCACUUUUAAAAGAAAAAAGAAAAUGAGUUUUUCUCCUCACCACUUAAACUAAUCCAGUGCAGCAGUAGGCACUCGUUCUGUUCAUUCUUUCCAAACGUAAGAAGUUUAUACAAUUGUGGACUGAUAUAUUGAUUAUAUGGACUGCACCUUUAAGUCUCUGUUUGGAUUCACAUCUAGAUCGUCCAGGAGAUCCGGAACAGGACCAUCAGGACUGUCUGCAGCCAGAAGAACAUGCCCCACAGUAUCUGGACCCUCAGCCCUCUGCAGAGGAAGACUCUGCUGCAGCACAUCCUGGUCAACGACGAGUACCGCUUCUUGUAUUGCUAUAUCCCCAAGGUGGCGUGUUCCAACUGGAAGAGGGUCCUCAAAGUUCUAGGCGGCACCCUGGAGAACGUGGAGGUCAACAUUAAGAUGGACCACCGCAAUGACCUGCUGUUUCUGUCUUCUCUGAAACCUGAGGAGAUCCGGUAUCGCCUCAAACAUUAUUUCAAGUUCAUGUUUGUACGAGAGCCGAUGGAGCGGCUGCUGUCUGCGUACAGGAACAAGUUUGGAGAGAUCGAGUCGUACCAGAAGAAGUACGGCGUGGAGAUCAUAAAGAGGUACAGGAAAGGUCGAGCUAAAGACGCCUCUGUAACUGGUGAUGAUGUCACCUUUGCAGAAUUUGUGCGUUACUUGCUGGACGAGGAUGUGGAGCGCAUGAAUGAGCACUGGAUGCCAGUGUACAACCUGUGCCAACCCUGCGCCGUUUCCUACGACUUCAUCGGCUCUUAUGAGCGCCUGGAAAGUGAUUCAGAGUUUGUGCUGCAGCGAAUUGGAGCACCCCCUUCUGUUCACUUCCCAGAGAGACAAACGUGGUACAAGCCGGUCACCACGGAGACGUUACACUAUUACUUAUGCAGCUUACCUCAGAAGCUGCUGAGGGAACUGCUGCCAAAGUACAUUUUAGACUUUUCCCUCUUCACGUACCCUCUCCCCAACACAACCACUCAACACUGUCGGCAUUAAACAUGCAAUCUUUUAAAGGUUAUUUUUUAUAGAGAAUCAUUUGGACUAUUUUUAUUCCUAGAGAACAAGCAGUGCUUUUUAUAGCAGUUACAUAUUUUUACUUUUGGUGUUCAGAUAUUAUCUGAAAAAAUGCUGAUUUUAUUGUUACUCUUGGAAGAGAUCAAUAUUUUUCCUUAAAACCACUGCAAACAAGAGAGAGCAAAAAUUGUGUAAAUCACAGAGAUGCACUGACAUUAACGUCCACCAUCGGUCUUAAACUGACUGAGAUGGAUCAUCAAUCCCUGACUGAUCCAUUCAACUUGAACUUCUGCCUAGUCCUUUACCUGCAGCAUUUUAGUCCAAGAAAGAACAGAUCAGCCCUGCCUUUCGGGAGGAGGUCAAAUAUUGGUCAUUUGGAGGCAUUUCAUUUAUGUAACGCCAGAAUUUUCCAGCUUUUUGCCAAGUUGUUACAGGUUGACGCAGGAAGUCUUAAUGGGGUAUGGUCCUAAUUUUUCAAAGACAAAACCUUAACUAUUUUUACACACUUUAAGUCUUACUGAGUUAUUGUUACAGAAAGCUUUGGAAAUGCUGAAACAGCACAAACAAACUACUAGGUCUGAGCAGCAUCUGAUCAGAAUCUCCUGUUCAGGACUGUGAAAUCUCCAUUUUUCUGAUUGGCUCGUAGCUUGAGAGAGGCUGAUCUAAAAGUUUUUUCUCUUUAGUAAAAAAAAGGUUUAUCUCUCCUGAGCCUGUCAGGAACAAAAACAAGAACUUAAGCAGAUUGAUUUUAAUGUACCGUUCAGUCUUAUUGAGAAAUGACAGCUGUUAUCUGACUUUAUAGUUUCACUUUGUUAAGGUCCAAUAUAGUAUUCAGAAAUCACUUUGUGGUGUCAAAAAGUUCAGACUGAAAAGGCCAGUUAAGGUCAGGGCCUUUUGCAUUGACUUAGAUUUCACAUCCUUUUCAAUCUAGGAAUAAUCUUGCAAUCAGGCACUAAAGACUGUCAUGCAAUUACAGCAAUGAACUCUCUGUCAGUCCUCUGAAGGAGGGACUUCGACAGUCUCUCAGGGCUUCUGUUUUAUUCCAAGAACCUCCAGGGUGGCUGGUUCUUAUUCCGAUGUUUGUUUUAUGAGGAAGUCCAACUUAGUUUGGACCUAAAAAAAGAUGUUAAAUUCCCCAAGGCCCUGACCUAUCUAGGCCUGUUGGUUCAGACCUUCUUAAACAUGAUGAUUGGAAAAAAGCCUCAAUAUUGUCUCAUUGCAAAGCCUUUGUGAUGUGCACAAAUGUACCAAAUCAGUAUGAAAUUCUGCGUCUGUACUGAAGGUUAGAGGACCAAACUGUGUAUGUUGCUUGUUUUGAAGAGGGUAAAGGGUUGUUGUUGUUUUUUACUGCAGGCAAAGACAAAAACCAUGUCCAUAACGUGUUUCUCAGUCCUCUGCCCAACUUUCCUCUGACUUUGUAAUAAAACCCAACUUUUCUUUUUGAGACAAAUUUCACUCUUGUAUUUCCAUUUUUUGGCUUUAUUUUGUGAAUAAUUUAAUAACUUAAACAUUAUUCAAAACAUGAAUAAAAAGCAUCAAAAUUGAUGUAACCACA